AUGCGGCCUGUGGGGAAGGCAAAAUGGCCCAAAAAGGUCGACUUUGCUCCCCUCACUGGGGCUGGCUUUGCCUCGAUAACAAUGUCCAAAGAACACCCCCUCUCCAAUCCAGAGCGAGACUUCAUUCUUGAUGCUCUGCGUCAGAAUGUGCGUCUAGAUGGCCGUGAGGUAGACCAGUUCCGUCCUCUGAACAUUGCCUUUGGGGACGAGUAUGGGCAUGUGAAAUUGCAACUGGGAAAGACUAACAUUGUCGUCCGAAUUUCUGCCGAAGUCACCAAACCGCACGAGGACCGUCCCUUCGAUGGGCUCUUCAAUAUUAACCUGGAGCUGAGUGCGAUGGGCUCACCAGCUUUUGAAAAUGGACGGUCCAGCGACCUCGAAGCCAAUUCCACCCACAUCCUCGACAGUGUCAUUCGCCAUUCUAAUGCCCUGGACACCGAGUCCCUCUGUAUUAUACAAGGUGUCAGUUGCUGGAGCAUCCGCGCUGACGUCCACGUGCUUGACUACGACGGGAAUCUGACCGAUGCGGCCUGCAUUGCAAUCAUGACGGCACUGCAACACUUCCGCCGGCCGGAUGCUGUGGUGAAAGAAGGGCAGGUGAUUGUCUACGGAGUCGAAGACCGCGUCCCGGUGGCUCUCAACAUCACGCACAAACCGUUGUCAGUCACCUUCCAGACCUUCAACGACGGCACUCACAUUAUCCUCGACGCCUCUCGCCGAGAAGAGCUUGCGUCGGAGGGCGAGCUGGUCAUUGGGAUCAACAACGCGGGCGAUAUGUGCUUCCUCUCCAAGUUUUCCGGUGCGCCCGUCGAUGCUUUGGCGAUCGUGAACAAGACGACGGUGGCUCUGGAACGGGUCAAGGAGAUCAAUGCUCUGGUGGACAAGGCGUUGAAGGCGGAUCUGGCGCAACGGUCGAAACAAGGCAUGGCCGACGAGUCCCGGGCAGAAAAUGACCGGUGA